UACUUCCAUUACUUGAAUCGCCCUCUUUCUCUCGAUCGUAUCUAACUUCUUUUUCCAGUGACUUUCCGAUGGCGUCGAGCAGUAGCACCCAGAUUUACAAAAACCCAGAUCUGGGCUGUUAGGGGUUAGAAGAUCAACGCAAAGGUAGAGGAGAUGGCUGUGGCAGAUGUUUGGAUACCCCGAUUGGAGAAUGGAGGCGAACCAAAUUACGUUAAUUCUGAUUUGUUUACGAUUAAAGUGUAUCAUGGAGGACAUUAUGAUCAUAUAGAGAAGAAGUACAUAGGUGGAAGCAUCAGUUACUACGAUGAUGUGGACAAGGACAAAAUGAGCUUAACUGAGGUGGAUGGGAUGAUGAUGGGUAUCAAUCGUUCUUAUGCUGGUAAAAGGAUUGAUUACUAUUACUCUAUAGGGUCUGAGGAAGAUAUAGUAACCAAUCUGAACAAUGAUGCAGAUGCGCUGAUGAUGUGUUGUUGUGUUCCAAGGGUGAGGCUUGUGAUUCUCUACCUUGACCAUAGAUACUUGGACCCAAAAAGGUUCAUGUAUGAGGCUUGUAUACCCUCAAUUGGGUUUAGUCAAGCUGGUAGCAGUGGGGAAAAGUCAUCGCCCUCUUUCUCUCAAUCGUAUCAAACUUCUUUUUCCAGUAACUUUCCGAUGGCGUCGAGCAGUAGCACCCAAGUUAGAGCCAACGUUGGUUCGUCUUUGCCAUGGAAAUACGACGUUUUCUUGAGCAUGGAAGGCGCAGGCACCCGCAAGGGCUUCACAGAUAACUUGUAUCGCGAAUUGCAGCGGCGAGGAAUCAUGACUUUUUGGUACGAUCCAGAAUUUGAAAGAGGCACAGCCAUCUAUCCAGAACGCCUCCUCACAGCAAUAGAGCAAUCCAGGUUUGCGAUCGUUGUUGUUUCGCCAAACUAUGCUACUUCUACAUGGUGCUUGCUUGAACUGUCUAAGAUUCUUGAAUGCAUGGCAGAGAGAGGGGCAAUUCUGCCAAUAUUUUAUGAGGUGGAACCCUCUCAUGUUAGACACCAAAGGGGCAGCUUUGCUGAGGCGUUUGAACAACAUGAAGAGAAGUUCUGGGAAGAUAAUAAGGAGGUGGAAGGAUGGAGAGAUGCUUUAACCAAAGUGGCCUAUCUCGCUGGGUGGAGUUCAAAGGAUUAUAGGUAUGAGACGGAGCUUAUCAAAGAUAUUGUGCAAGUACUGUGGAGCAGAGUGCAUCCUAGUCUCACUGUAUUUGAGUCCUCAGAGAAGUUAGUUGGAAUGGAUACUAAGCUGGAGGAAAUAGAUGUUCUUUUAGAUAAAGAAGCAAAUGAUGUUCGCUUUAUAGGGAUAUGGGGGAUGGGUGGUCUUGGUAAGACAACCCUUGCUAGACUAGUGUAUGAGAAAAUCUCUUAUCAAUUUGAAGUUUGCAUCUUUCUUGCUAAUGUCAGAGAGGUUUCCACAACUCAGGGUCUAGUUCGUCUACAGAAACAAAUUCUAUCCCAGAUGUUGAAGGAAGAAAAUGUUCAAGUAUGGGAUGUUUAUAGUGGAAUCGCUAUGAUAAAGAGAUGUUUUUAUGAUAAAGUCGUUCUUCUAGUUCUUGACGAUGUGGAUCAAUCCGAGCAACUGCAAACAUUGGUGGGAGAAAGAGACUGGUUUGGUUCAAGAAGUAGAAUCAUCAUUACAACUAGAGAUCGGCAUUUCCUAGACACACAUGGUCUAGAAAAACUAUAUGAGUUGAAGACACUAAACGAAAACGAAGCUGUUGAGCUCUUUUGUUGGAAAGCCUUUAGGAAAAAUCAGCCUGAAGAAGGUUAUGCAGAGUACUCUAAGAGUUUUGUUAGGUAUGCUGGAGGUCUGCCCAUAGCUCUUAAAAUUUUGGGGUCUUUCUUGUAUAAAAGAAGUGCACAUUCAUGGAGUUCUGCAUUGCAAAAACUACAACAAACUCCCAACCGAACAGUUUUUGAAAUACUGAGAAUAAGUUUUGAUGGACUUGAUGAGAUGGAGAAGAAAAUUUUUCUGGACAUUUCUUGUUUUCACAGGCUGUAUAACAACAAGUCUAUGAUUGAACUUGCAUACAGCUCUAAAUGUUGCACUCGUAUUACAAUAGAUGUUCUUGUUGAGAAAUCUCUCUUAACUAUUUCAUCAGACAAUGAAAUAGGUAUACAUGAUUUGAUACGAGAUAUGGGAUGUGAAAUUGUUCGCCAAGAGUCUUAUGAAGAUCCUGGCAGACGCAGUCGGUUGUGGCUUUGGAAUGACAUUUUUCAUGUAUUCACAAAGAAUACGGGAACAUUAGCCAUUGAAGGCAUAUUGUUACACUUGGAUAGAUUAGAGGAGGCAGAUUGGAAUCUUGAAGCUUUCUCUAAAAUGUGUAAACUGAGGCUGCUCUGCGUUGAUAAUUUGAGGCUUUUGCUUGGCCCAAAAUAUCUUCCUAAUGCCUUGAGAAUUCUGUAUUGGAGUUCGUAUCCUUCAAAAUCUCUCCCACCAGGCUUUCAACCGGAUGAACUUACUGAACUUAGUUUGGUUCACAGCGAUAUCGAUCACCUCUGGGAUGGAAUAACAUACUUGCCCAAUUUGAAAUUCAUCAACUUAAGCUACUCUCGGAAGUUAAUCAGGUCCCCAGAUUUUACAUAUGCUCCAAGGGUUGAAAGAUUAGUUCUUGAAGGUUGUUCAAGUUUAGUGGACAUUCAUCCAUCCAUUGCUCACCUCGAGAGCCUUACUUGCUUGAAUCUUAAAGAUUGCAAAAGUCUUAGAAGUCUUCCGAGUGUGAUUGCAAUGAAAUCCCUUGAAAUCUUUAUUCUCUCUGGCUGUUCAAAAUUUCAGGGGAUUCCAGAGUUUGUGGGAUCUAUGGAGUGCUUGUUAGAGCUUAGUUUGGAUGAGACUGCUAUAGAACAAUUACCUUUAUCAGUAGGGCUUCUGACUGGCCUCACUUCAUUAAAUUUGAGAGAUUGCAAAAAUCUCAAAAGACUUCCAAGAGACAUUGGCAAUUUAAAGUCCCUCAAGCGUCUUAAUAUCUGUGGAUGCUCAAAACUUGAAACUCUACCAGACAGCUUGGGAAAGAUAGACUGCUUGGAAGAGCUUGAUGCGGCUGGUGGUAGUUCUAUAAGCAAUAUACCAUUCUCUAUUUCCCUUUUGGAAAAUCUUGAAGUGUUAUCUCUUUGUGGAUGUAAAGGGAUAUCAGGCAACAUGGCAAUGUAUCCACUCAGAUUUCUGUCACACAAAAGUUAUUCAGAUGGUUUGCAUUCGUUGACUGACCUAAAUCUCAGUGACUGUAAUCUUCAGGAGGGAAGCAUACCGGAAGAUUUUGGCUGCUUAUUCCCUCUAGUUUCACUGAAUCUAAGCAAAAACAACUUUUUUAGUCUUCCAAAAAGCAUCAGACAGCUUUUGAAGCUUCGAAACUUAAAUUUGGAAAGCUGUAAGACUCUUCAAAAGCUGCCAGACCUUUCAUCAAGCUUAAACUUUAGUCUCGGGGCCGAGAGCCGUAUUUCACAGGAAAGGCUGUCAUCAUCUUUCAAUUUGAUUAAUUGUUCCAAAUUGGUUGUCAAUCAACAAUGCAACAAUAUAGCAUUGAAAAUGCUUUGCAGAUUUCUUCAGGGAAUUCCUUCUGCUGGAAAGAGAUUUGAAACUUUAAUUCCUGGCUGUGAAAUCUCUGAGCUGUUCAGUGAUCAAAGUGUGGGACCAGUAAUAAGCAUGGAGCUACCUCAACGGUGGCACAACAAUAAGUGGAUGGGUUAUGCAUUUUGUGCUUGUUUAGUUAUCCGUCGAUGUCUUCCAGUUCCAGCUAACCAGCUUGGUAAAUGGAAGUUUGGGACCCAUAACAGUGCAAAUGGUCUUCGAUGCGAAGUGAAGCCCGAGAAUCUGGGUGCGAUUGGCUGGUGUCCUUCCUUUGUCUGCAGCCAAGAAUUAGGUCAAAUUGAGUCAGAACACCUAUGGCUAUCCUUUGUCUCUGGUGAUUAUUUUGGAACGGCAUGGCAAGAGACCUGUCGUAGCAUUGAGUUUACAUUCAAAACAUUAGGCACUGGUAUGGAGGUGAAGAAGUGUGGAGUCCGUUUGAUAUAUGAGCAAGAUUUACAUUUGAUUGGAAUGAAAAGAUGAUUCCAACUUCCAAGCAAAUUUUGUUUGCAAUUGUAGAUCAUCAUUUUGACACAUCAGAAACCGAAAAGUUGUCAUUGUUAAACAAUGCAUUUCAGCUCGAGCAAACCAGUGAAGCAGGCAAUUCAAUGAGGGUCGGCGUGCAGGUUACAAUGAGCAUCCAUCCAUAUGCUUCUGAGAUGAGGAUCUGUACCACGGUACUAGUGAAAUGAUGAAUUCCAGUGUGUUUAGCUAUUGUGAUCUCUAUAUCCCUCUCUGUCCCGCCCGUGGUCUGAACCGAUGUCUGUCUUACAUGACUCGGAUGGCUUUAUUGUAGUACUGAUUUUGCUCGAAGUGAACUAUUGUUUAGCUAUCAAACUUUAAAUAUAAAUAGCCAGCGUAGUUGAUAUUUUGGACCUUUUCUUGUUCUCUUACAGGUUUAUGGUACCAUAAAAGCUUUUUAGGACUAGGCAAGAGGCAACUUUAUAGGUUUCUUGGCUUGCGCCUGGUAUGAUAGUAUGUAAUAAUGCUACGGCUAUAUGCUCUCGCGCGUAUCAUAUCUCGUAGAACCUUUGUUAGUAUGAUUUUGUACUAAUGGACUGUCAGGUAAUGUGGGUGUUAGCUAGUGAAUUCAUGUUAGUAUAUAUAUUAAUAUUAAUUUGUGU